AUGGUCAUUGUUACCAGUGGCAUAAGUGGAAAUAAACUCCGGUUGAUGCUUCAAAAACAGGAAGCUACUCUUCCAACUGCAACUCAAGUGGCUGUGGAUGAAAAGAAAGCCAACGAUUUCCUGAGUAGCCUGACCCGCAAGAAGCGGCAGCUGUGGGACCGCACCCGGCCAGAAGUCCAGCAGUGGUAUCAGCAAUUCCUGUACAUGGGCUUUGAUGAAGCGAAAUUUGAAGAUGAUGUUGCCUAUUGGCAAAACAGAGGCCGCGGCAGCCGUGACUACUAUGAUUACUACCAGCGUCACUACGACGAGGAUGCUGCCAUUGGCCCCCGGUACCCCCACAGCUUUAGACACGGAGCCAGUGUCAACUAUGAUGACUACUAG